AAAAAACAAUGAUAGAAAAAUUUAUAAUAUAUUUUGCCUUGUUCGCCUUUUUAAUCCAAAGAACAGACUCUAUUCUUACAUUUAGACGUUUUAACAUUGAAAUUUCAAAUCAACUUGGGGGUAACAAUAAACUUAUGGUCCAGUGUAGAUCUGGUCAGGAAUCGACCCGAGUUGUUUUUCUUGCAUUCAGUGAUGUGUUCAAAGCUCCUUUAAGAAUUGGGUUUAAGACAUUGAUAUGGUGCACCUUAUGGAAGGGACCUGAUUUUAAGCAUCAUGUAAGUUUUGACGCAUUUGUUGGGAAAGAGAGUUUUAUACAUGAUGUAUGUGGGAGUAUGAAGCCUAACAUAUGUUUCUGGCAAGUGCAAGAUGAUGGAGUAUGGGCACGUAAUAAUCCAACCGGAGCUCUCAAGUUAAUGUAUAAAUGGAAUAAAUAAACGAACCAAAUAUUAGCUCUUUCGUUUAUCUUUGUUAAAAAUAUUGUUACUGCUUUUACCGAGAUCUCAUAAAACAGAUCACUUUUUACAAAUUUCUCCUAUUAUGACUAACAUCAAAUUAUAUCUUUUCGUAUGAAAAGCCCGUCAAGAUUUGUAACAUCAAAUAACUGAAUUUGAAGGUUUUCUUCGAAGUCUAGAGUAAACUUAAUUCACCUAAAGAUUCAAAUGUUUAAAAUGUUUAGAGAAUUCAACUAUAUAUAUCAACCACAAAGAUAACAAUCCCAUGAUUUGAAAGUAAACAAAUUAAAGAGAGACGCUCAAUUACGAGGACGAGUGUUCUCAGGAGUACCACCGACGCCUGACAUAACUUUAGCGACAUCACCUGCUGAAGCUUCAGGCUUCUUCUUGCUGUACAACACCACAUAGCCAAUUCCACCGAUUAUCACCGCUCCAACCGCUGCCGCUCUCAACGGACAUAUCCCUAACGACUUCCGCUGGCCUAGCACUUCACUUGACUGCUUUGCUGCUUGUGCCGGUCCUGCCAUUUCCCUUCUUUGCCUAUGUAUAUGUAUGUAUCUUUCUAUUAAAGUAAACUUAUCUAUCUCUCUCAAAAGUUAACUUCUUCAACUGCUUUU